AGAGACAGCUUCCUAAAACCAGGAAGUGAACACAAUUUUGCAUCUCAAAAAACUUUUUUAGUCGAAUUCCCAAUCAAUAAAAGAUUUCUCCGUGCAUUGCCAUUGAUCAUCAACAUGUACAUGGAUGUCAUCCUGAAAGAUGUGAGUGGCAUCUACAGCCGCCUGUUGGACCACAGGCCAGUCCUCAACGGCGAGAUCAGAUUCAUGCUCAAGGAAUUUGAGGAGAAACGAAGUGAUCGCGAGGGAAGUCGACUGAGGAAGGCAAUGGUUGACUCCAGCGAGGUUGAAAAAGAUAUUCUGCCUCAAACAUUGGAAGAAUUAAAGCAGAACCUUGGAGUCCUGCUGGAGAAGGCGAACGCCUGCAACAAACUCACCGAGGACAUAGCUAAGGUGGAGGAUCAGAAAAAUAGUGAAUGGCUCACACAGCAGAGGGCAGCACGGGAUAAAGACUGGCAACAAUUCAUGCAAGAACAAUGUGAGAAGAGUAAAAAUGUUGACCAAUCGUUCCAGGAGGAAAAAGAGAAAUUGGAAAGUCAGUACGCAGAGUUGGAGACGAAACUAUCUAUGCCACCAUCUCCGUGAUCUCAAACAGACUGACGAGUGUUGAAAUUGGCUGAUGUAAAUAUCAAUUUGAUUGUUUUCUGUUAAAACAGUAAUAAAGGUGCUACAUGUAUAUUUUUCUUGAUCUAAA